AUGCAGCGCUCCCUUCUCUGCGCACUCUGCCGCCGCCUUGCCAGCACCACUCUCGCCGCCGCCGCCGCCGCGCGCCCUCUCUCCAGCACCACGCGACGACAAGCCCUCUCCCGUCUACCACGCGCCGCCCGCCCGUCCCCUGGUGGCGUGCUCCUCCCCCGUCGCGCAUACUCGUCGGGCUCUUCCGCCGCCGCUGAAGCCCCGAGCAUGAGCGCCGCCGAAAGCGCCAUCGCGCAGCUGCUCAUCGCGCAGCUCGCGCCGUCGGCCGUGCUGGUGCAGGACGUGUCGGGCGGGUGCGGCAGCAUGUACGCGAUUGAGAUUGCGGCCGAGGCGUUUCGCGGCCAGACGAUGCUGAAGCAGCAGCGCAUGGUCAAUGCCGCGCUCGGGGAUGUCGUCAAGACGUGGCAUGGCGUGCAGAUUCGCACGAGGGUGCCUGAUGCGUGA